AUGCGGUUCCUCACCACCGCCCUCGUCUUCGCGGCGACAGCGGCAGCAGACUUCCUCCCAGGCCUGCCAACAACACCAUACACCCCAACAGGCGGCAUCAUCCCCUCCUCCUCCAUCUCCAAGAUCAUAGUCUCGUCCGCUCACGCAGAGUCCAUCGACGAGGCAGGCCAAACUCUUAUCCCACCGACCCUACACGCCUUUGCAACAACCUUUGCAGAGGACCUCGCCUCGUCUCUGGGCCUAGGCAUCCCGAUCGAGCUAGGCGACGCCCCGGAGCAAGGAUCCAUCUUCUUGACGCUGGCAGAUGACGCGAGUCUCUUCAAAGACGCUGCCGGGCGCGAAACGUCUGAGGGGUACUCUCUCAAUGUGACGAUUGACGGUGUGCUCAUCACGGGCGCGAGCCCGCUCGGCGUGUGGUGGGGUACCCGGACGCUGAAGUUGGGAUACGGGACGGAUAGCCCAGGAUGGGGAACCCGGGGUCUGAUGCUCGACAUCGCCAGACACUACUACCCACCUGAGUUCCUCAUUGAAAUGUGCGCCUACAUGUCCUUCUUCAAGCAAAAUACAUUCCAGCUGCACCUCUCAGACAAUCUCUACAAUAAUGUCGCCAUCUACUCACGCGAGCGCAUGCUCUCACUCUACGCCGCCUUCCGGCUGAACUCGGACGACCCUGCCCUCGAGGGCCUCAACCGGCGCGCAAACGAGAGCUACACCCGCUCAGUCUUUGACGACGUCCAGGCAAAGUGCGCAGCGCGCGGCGUGACGAUCCUCCCGGAAAUCGAGGCUCCCGGACACGCACUCGUGAUUUCGCAGUGGAAGCCAGAGCUGGGACUAUCGAGUGACUUGAGCUUGUUGAAUAUUUCGAACCCGGAGACGAUCCCAAUGGUGAAGAAGAUCUGGGAGAUCUUUCUGCCGUGGUUCCAUACCAAGACGGUCUCGAUCGGUGCCGAUGAGUACGUCGACCCGACACUGAGUGAAGAUGCCCUGGUUGCUGAGUACACGCGAUUUGUGGACGAGAUGAACGAGUAUAUCACAAGCACGUCCGGUAAAAAGGUCCGAAUCUGGGGAACUUUUGCGCCGUCAGUGGGCGGAACCGUCAACAAGUCCGUUUCGAUCCAGCACUGGGCCAACUUUGAGGCGAACCCGCUCUACGACUUUGUCAACAACGGCUACGAGGUGCUCAACUCAGGUGACUACAUCUACACGGUUGGAAAGUGGAGCGAGUCGUAUGGUCACGAGCUCAGCUUGGAGUUCAUCUUCAUGGGCUCGCCCGAUGGAUCCCCAUUUUCGCCAAAUAUCUUCGAUCGCACCAAUGCAUCAAACAAUGCCGCAAGGGACAGUGCAUCGUUGCUGGGCCACAUUGCGCCGCAAUGGAACGAUUUUGGCCCGAAUGCAACGACGGUGACGGAGGGAUACUACCAAUGGAGGGAUGGCCUGCCUGCUCUCGCGGACAAGCAGUGGGGAGGCGAGGUUGCUGAGGCUGACUACCAAGGCCUGUUCUCCGCGUUGCAGCCUCUUGCCCCGGGGCAGAACCUUGAUCGAAGAAUCGUAUCCACGGGAUCGACAAUCGUUGAAUACGACUUCAAGCAGGGACGAGGUAGCAAUGGAACGGCGAUUGAAGAUUUGUCGGGCAACAAGUACCAUGCAACCUCGACGUGCGCAACAAGCGACGAGGGUGCCAUUCUGGCGUCUUCGUGUAGUAUCACCACUCCGCUGACGCAAAAGGGGAGGAAUUACACUCUUUCAUUCUCGAUCAAGCCCACGUCGGACGCCAAGGGGGCCAUCAUCAGCGGUGGAGACAGCGGGUUGUGGUUUGGCAAUGGGACUGUGGACGCUGUCAUGCUCUUUUCAGGGGAGAGCACGUACGCGCUCAACUACACGUUCCCCGUGGGGUCGUGGACAAAUGCGAGCCUCAUUGGCAGGGGGAGGCAGACGUUCCUAGACGUUGGGGACGGCGAGCCCAAGGAGUUUUUGACAAUAAUGGGCUGGAACGGAGCCCGGUUCGUGUGGCAGCCGAUUGCGGUGGAGGCACCGUUGGCAACAGUCGGAGGCAGUGGGUUUGAGGGCGUCAUCAGCGGGAUGAAGCUGGUUGACCAUGCCUAG